ACAUCUCUACAACAGAGUAAAAAGUAACACUUAUUUUUUGUGACAAUAAAUAAAACACUUAAUACUUAUAGGACUGACAUUAAAUUUUUGAUAUUUCAUUUUCUUAUUACAGAAAACAGAUAUGUCUAGAUGACGCUACUAUAGUUUCCCAUCUUAUCGACUCAAGAAAGAAGGGUUUAUAAUUUUACGCAAUUAGUUUCAAUUUUUUUCGCUAUAUGGUGCCACAUGUACCAUUUCCCAGAGGGCGCAUGCUAUUUUAAAUUUAAAAACAUCGUGUGUAUUUGUGUAUAAAAUAACUAUGGCGUCUGACAUAAAAUGUAAGUACUCGUGCUUUAUUUGGAAACUUAAUAGAUAAGCUUGAAGAAGUGGAACUUAGAAAAGUGUUUUCUGUUGCAAAGUUGAUUAAUAAUUAUCUUUAGAGCGGUUAACACGAGCCCUUUCAGUUACAUCGACAUUGUAAUUAGCAAGACAUUGACACGCAAUUCAUUGCAAUUGAAGCUCCUCGUGCAUUAGCUCGAUGAAACAGCUCUCGAGCGCCAAGGAAACGUGCGCACGUGUUUCAGUGAAUAUAAUUUGCGUUUGAAACAGUGAAUCAUCCUGAGUCUUGACAAAAGAUCGUCGACAACGUUUGAAAGCUCUACGCUCGUUGGUUGAAACACGCACCUGUAACACCUGUUUUAAAUAGGACGCUCUCGCGUCAAUUUACCUCGUCUCGAAGCAAAUAAAUUGCCCGGUUUCUCUAACCUUUCUCGUAUAACUCAUAAUUCGUUAACAAAAAGCUCUCGAGAGCCGGUGUGGCAGCAUAUCAUUCAGAAAAGUGGCUUAAUGUUCAAGGAAGACGUCUUCAAAAGGGGGCAUUAUGGUGCACCACCUUUUUACCAGGAGUCUUUUUUUCUGUUGGCGUGCACCAAAGUAUUAGGAAGAAUGGCGGGCACGAGACCGGACUCCUCCACGGACGAAGCAUUCACGAAGAGUGCUCGGAGCCGAGUGCUACGCCACUGUCCACGCUAUCACGAUUUAACAGAGUGAACAGCACACAAGACGUCGGUGCGUGCGAGCGAGCGAGAUAGCGGCGGAGGAAAGGAAAGGAAAGGAAAGGAAAGGAAAGGAAGGCGCGCAAGGUAAAGGCACAUCUGAAUCCUUCGGUUGACUCGGCUCAGUCUGAUCCGAGCCAAGCCACUGCCCUGAUCCGGCGUUCCUCGCUCGUCGUUCUGCGCCUGGAUCCUCCUCUCCUUCGCCUGGCUGUCUCCUCCGCGCUCUCCCUGCCUCUCUAAUCCACCGGUGUCAUCGAUCGCCGAUCCGACUUCCUUCCUCCGCGUUGGCUUCUCCCUGCGCGGUCAGUUCAAGUCGCGGCGAGUUUCCGUUCCUCUCGAGUUCCGGCGACCAGACGAAAAUUCACCACCUGACAUGUCACAGUGCACGCAGCACCGUCGCGUCGAUCGGUUCAUCCGCGUACAGUGAGACGAACCGAUACACGUUUCUCUUUCGCGCUUCUUAUUCCUCGAUUGCUCCUCGUUCGUCGCUCGUUUCUGUUCGUGACACUGGUGUGCGCGGGUUCGUGGAAACGAAGAAUUUCUGUGGAUCCUACAAGACACCGGAAGUGUGAUGACCCUUCCAACGAGACGGGCUGCAUCGAUCAACGCGGCGACAGCGUGCCUUCGAUCCGGGAUCUGAUUUUCGCGGUCAAGUAGACAAUGGGCUAUUAGCUGUGAGCACCAAUUAUGGGGACUACGCGGUCGCGCUUCUUUUCCACGGACAGUUGUGCGCGAAUAAAAUAAGCAGCGGAGAUCUUCCUGACGCUCCGAUGGAAGGAUGCGGAUAGAAAGAGGAGGGAAAAAAAGGAUUGCGAAUAAGCCGAAGGGAUUCGAUUCGCUCGUUUUACCACGCAAACUUCAGCCGUGCUAACUUUAGACGAUGACCGAAACCGAUGAGCGGAUGAACGAAUAAAGCGAGGAAGGGAAUCAGAAGGGAAACAAGGGCUGCCGAAGGAAGAGAUGGUGGUGGAGUGGCUCUGUCCUGGUCUUAGGCCGACCGGAAGCCGUAGGCCUCGUCUUCUUCACUGCAAGGUGAUACUUCUCGACGAACACGAACUGUUGCAGGAUGUCUUGAGUUCGAACCUCGGCCAGGAACUGUUGGACAGAGUGUUCAGGCACCUGAAUUUAUUGGAGACCGCUUACUUCGGGCUACGUUACUUGGAUCACGGGAAUCAAACGCAAUGGCUGGAUCCGAGCAAGAAGAUCGGCAAGCAGCUGAAAGUUCAAAAAGGUGAUCCGUCCUCCGAUGUGCACACCCUCUAUUUCGGCGUGAAAUUCUACGCGGCCGAUCCUUGCAAGCUUAUCGAAGAGAUCACAAGGUACCAGUUCUUCCUGCAAGUGAAGCAGGACAUUCUGCAAGGAAGACUGCCAGUUUCUUUCGAUUUGGCCGCGGAACUGGGCGCCUACGUCGUUCAAUCGGAACUCGGGGACUACGACCCAAGGCGACAUUCCGUGGGCUACGUAACCGAGUUUCGUUUCUUAGCGAAUCAAACUACGGAAUUGGAAAAUCGUAUAGUGGAACUUCAUAAAACUCUCGUAGGACAAUUACCCUCCGCAGCGGAGUUGAAUUAUCUGGACAAAGUGAAAUGGCUGGAGAUGUAUGGGGUCGAUUUGCAUCCCGUCUUGGGGGAGGACAGCGUAGAAUAUUUUCUGGGCCUCACUCCGAGCGGGAUAAUUCUGUUACGAAACAAGACCAAAGUGGGAAAUUAUUAUUGGCCUCGAAUCAAUAAAAUCUAUUAUAAGGGUAGAUACUUCAUGCUGAGAGUCAGCGAGAAGAAUUCCGAGGAGAGGACUCACGGUUUCGAAACACCAUCAAAGGGAGCUUGCAGACAUCUCUGGAAAUGUUGUCUGGAACACCAGGCGUUCUUCCGUUUGAUGGCCACGGGGCCGCCACCCCUGAGUCCUUACUCCCGUUUCCGUUCGUACAGUCCUCCGUCCGGGUCGGAGAAGCACAUGGUUAUCAGACGGAAUCCUCCGCCGAUUUUCCAGAGGACCCCGAGUCGCAGGGCGCAGCGACGCGUGGUGGAGGGACAAGAAAUGGUCGGCCCGUUCGUGGAAACACCUGCCAGCGUGAACCCGAACCCGUGCAACAAUCCGGUCGGCAGUAACGCUUUGUGCAAUAGUCAGACCACGAGACAGGUGAACAACUCGAGUCCAAGGAGCACCAGGAGCGCGCCCUGGACUCAGAGCCAACCUCGAGGCCUUUAUACUUCGUCUAGUCCUCGGUCCGUCCGCUCAGCGGGAACGGCGCCGGCACUCUUGAGCAGACUCCAACGAAGGAGCAGCUCGGUAGAGAGCCAAAGUUCAGGGGACAGUCACAGUCGCGGUGGGCAUCGUAGAAGAAGUCAUAGUCAUAGUCAUCGAAGGCACAGUCGUCAUUCCGAUUGCGAAUCGGAAUUAUCCAGAGGCUCGGAUACCAGGUCGGGUCAUCGUAAGCACCGCAGAAAGCACAGAAGUUCCCGUUCGUCUAGACACGAAUUGGUGGACUCGGAACCGCAAUGGAGGGAGGCACAGAAGCGGAAGGGCGAAGGUGUGCAACGAGCUGUAGUAAGCCAUACGGAGCCGAGGAGAAGGCAUAGGAGUAGACAUAGAAGUCCUUCACAGAAACAACCACUGCCGGACGAGCUUAGAAAGCAUUUGGAAUUCGGUUUAAUAGAUACCACAGGAAUGAGCGAACAACAACGUCGGGAGAUACCAUACACCGUGGUUCAAUCGCAGUCUGCACAACAAUGUACGCUACAGUCUAGCAAUUCCCGAUUGGACGAUGCAGAUACGUCGUCCCUACCUAGAACAAUCGGAUCCGUUGGCAAACGAAACAGAAGAGUGAUACAACAUUGUCGAGACGGAAGUUAUAAUUUGCCGCCAACAAGGCCGAGUCAUAUCGAGACAAAGUACUACGACGGUAGUAGGAGCGAGUGCAAUAUGAGGAAGGACUUUUAUUAUAUUCGUAACAACAGAAUAUUGAUAGGAAAUAACGUGGACAGUGGUCUCGGGGAAAGUACACCGCAGGAAUUUUCAAGCUGCUGCUCAAGCUCUGUCGACAGCGCUAAACCUACUCGUGUACCGCAAAUGCAAUUAGGGGGAGAGGUACGCUAUGAAUUGUCUUCAAAUCAAGAAAUCUACCCUCCUGUUGAUACUACUCUGGACGCUGUUCUUCAGCCCAUUAUAUCAACUUUAACAAGGAGACAACGGAACCGCCCGAAAUGAGCAUUAAGCUUUAAAUAAAUAAAAAAUAGACAUUUAUGCA